AUGUCGAAAGUUCCUUGUUAUUGUCCUGCUACAAAAAUUCCAAUAUCCGACGUUCAAGGGGUACUUGGAAAGAAGACAGCUUUACCCUGCGACAUAACAGCCAGGGAUAAAGACGACGCUGUUUACAUGGUUCUAUGGUUCAAGGAUGCUGAUGGAGAACCUCUAUACAGCUUUGAUGUCCGAGGUCGACAGUACGGCCAGGCGAAACAGUGGUCUUCGCCGACCGCCUUUGGCGAUCGUGCUUUCUUCAGGACGGCUACGGACAUCGCCCAGCUGAAGGUGGACGAUUUGAGGAUUGAAGACGAAGGAAUUUAUCGCUGCAGAGUUGACUUCAGAAACUCACCCACUAGAAACUCAAAAAUUAAUCUAACCGUAAUAGUGCCACCAGAGAGACCAGUAAUUUAUGACGGUAAAAGGAGAGACAGGACGAAACUUCUCGAGCCCUAUAACGAAGGUACCGAUGUGAAUCUCGUCUGUGAAGUCUCAGCAGGGCGACCAAGGCCGCGCGUGAUAUGGUACUUAGAAAAUACAGUAAUUGACGACUCGUACGAGCAUAGGCCUGACGGUCUCACGGUCAACCAUCUCUCCUUUCCUAGCGUCGGUAGGCAGCACCUCAACGCCAGGCUGAUAUGUCAGGCAUCGAACACGAAUUUGGCACCACCAGCUACCAAAGUUGUUAUAUUAGAUGUUAACUUGAAACCUGUCGCGGUACAUAUACUAAACAAAGAACGGCACAUAUCAGCUGAUAAAAGAUACGAAGUAGAAUGCAAAGCGAGCGGCUCAAGACCCGAAGCUGUUGUGACAUGGUGGAAAGGGAGUCGUCAAAUCAAAAGGAUUGCUAAAAACUUAUCGGACGAGGGAAAUCAAAGCGUCAGCAUACUUUCCUUCGUUCCUGUUAUCGACGAUGAUGGGAAGUAUCUGACCUGCCGCGCUGAAAACCCUUGGAUAACGGACUCCGCCUUGGAAGACAAAUGGAAACUAAAUGUUCACUAUAUGCCGCUGGUGACGUUAAAGAUGGGUUCCAAUCUCAACGCCGACGACAUCAAGGAAGGAGACGACGUAUAUUUUGAAUGCAAUAUCAGAGCCAAUCCAAAAACCUACAGAUUAGCAUGGUUCCACAACGGAGAAGAAAUUCACCACAACGUGAGCGGAGGUGUCAUCUUCAGUGACCAUAGCUUGGUCAUACAAGGCGUUACAAAGGCGAGAGCAGGCGAAUUCACAUGUCUGGCCGCUAACACUGAAGGCAAAGGAACGAGUAAUCCCGUCAUACUAAAAGUCAUGUAUGUCCCCACUUGUAAAGAUGAGAAAGACGAACUGUACGGGGCUUUGAAGCAGGAAACAGUUGCUCUGAAGUGUCAAGUAGACGCUAACCCACCUCUCGUGACAUUCAAAUGGACUUUCAACAAUUCCGGCGAACAGACCGAAGUACCUCCCUCCAGAUACACGGCAUCAGGAACGGUUUCAACCCUUAACUACACGCCCGUCUCAGAAAUGGAUUACGGAACUCUUUCAUGCUGGGGUUCCAACGCCGUAGGUGUUCAGAAAACACCGUGCGUUUAUCAAGUUGUUCCUGCAGGCCGGCCGUUUCCACUGAUCAACUGCACCCUAGUAAACCAAACGUCCGAAUCUCUCCAAGUAGAAUGUGUUGAAGGAUUUGACGGCGGUAUGCCGCAGUGGUUCACGAUGGAACUUCUAGAACUUCCGAAUAUGGUGGUGAGGUUCAACGUAUCCUCGAGCCGGCCGGCGUUCACCCUCGUUGGCAUCGAAAGUGGUGCCUCUUAUCAAGUGAACCUAUACGCUGUGAACGGAAAAGGAAGGUCCGAGCCCCUGGUUCUACAAACUGUCAGUUUCAAAGGAGUUGCGAAAUACACAGGACCUCUAGGAACUUUACCGUUGAACCCGCUGGUUGUCGUGCUGUCAGCUACUGCUGCUGCGCUUCUCGCUGUGUCCUGCGGAGUGGCCGUCGCUUUGCACAGGAGAAGAGGGUCACGGAGACCAGGGCUAAAGAUACCAAUUGUAACAGAAGAGGCUUUGAACCCUCCGCAGCCACCCCGGUCACCGCAGGACGAAUCGGACCCAGACCUGAUACCGAACAAAUACGAAAGGCCACGUCUCAAGAGUUUCAUGAAGAUGUACAAAACACCUCCACAAAGAAGGAAAAGGAAGGACGAACUCGACGCGGAAGACGAGGAAGGAAAAACACUGCGAGAAAACGAACACAAUGCUGACCCCAUGAGAUACAACCACAAUAACGUUCAAGGAGGAAAUAUGCGAGGAAGUUCGGGAAAUGUUUCAGAUACCCUGAUUGUCAAAUCUCACAACCAAAAACUCGGACCUGAAGUAGUUACCGCCAACCAUAGGAUUCAAGAGAGCUGUAUAUAAUCUUAGAUGUUUUGUAUUAUUCUGUAAAUACUAAAUAUAUCAUAAGUUCUUCUGAACCGUU